AUGGGCGGGAAGAACAGCAAGGAGGGGGCCGCGCCCGGGGCGCCACCGCAGGAGGCGGAAGCCCCGAACCCGGCCCCCGCGAAGGCGCCGUCCGUGAGGCGGCAGCUGUCGAAGAAGGAGAGCAAGAAGGAGGCCAAGGCGACAGCCAAGCUCUUUGGGGGCAAAAAGCUGUCGGUUCUGAUCAUCGGCCUGGACAACAGCGGGAAAACGACCAUCAUCGAGUCGCUCAAGCCCGAGAAGCUUCGCAACGCCGAGGUCGUGCCCACGGUCGGGUUCCAGGUCGAGGAAUUCUCGACCUCGGGCAUCACGCUCACUUGCGUCGACAUGUCAGGUGCCGGCAAGUACCGGGCGCUGUGGGAAACGUACUACCGGGACUGCGAGGCCGUCGUCUUCGUCGUGGACUCCGCGGACGAGAUCCGCCUCGCCGUCGUCGGCAACGAGCUGCAGCAGCUUAUUGAGCACCAGGACAUCCGCCCCGACCUCCCGGUGCUUGUGUUCGCGAACAAGAAGGACCUGCCAAAGUCGAUGAAGCCAGUGACCAUUGCGCAGCGUCUGAAGCUCACAGACUUGCUGCGCAGCCACCCGUGGCAAAUCAUGCACACGAACGCGCUGACGGGCGAGGGGCUGGACGAGGGGAUCCACUGGCUCGCGGAGGCGUGCUCGGCGCGACGCAAGUGA